CGGUUGUGUGGCUGUGAUCAGGAUAACACGAUGGCUGUGAUGUGUCUUCUUGUGCUGUUUUUGGCUGUGGUGAUGGCUGGCACUGAAACAACAGAGACACCAGGGUGUCUGCACAACGGCGUCUAUAGAAGGGAGGGGGAGUCUUUCGAUGACGGCGACUGCAACGAUUGCUGGUGUUCCCCGUGGGGGGUGAACUGCUUCAGCGUACUGUGUGCCACACCCCAGUGUCACGACAGUGUUUUCAAGGCUGGGGAUUGUUGCCCGUCAUGCCCAAGUGGUCCAAACUGCCGACUGCCGGGAGGUCGUAUUAUUUCAGUCGGUGUGAAUGUGACGAUGAAUGGCCGUGUGUGCCGAUGUGAUACUCCCAGGACUUAUUUUGGAAUCCUAGGCGUCAUCUGUACACGGGGAGAUCAAUAA